CUUGAUAUAUAUAUAUAUAUAUCUGCAGUUGGCUUUGUCAUGUAGUGCUUCAAGUGAGUGAAAACAAUGGUGCUAGGGUUGCCAUGUGGUGAAACUUACUCCUGCUCUUCAAUUAUAUGAGGCUUCUUAUAGGCUCCUGCUUUUCCUGAUAUUUGACAAAAAAAAAACAACUUAUUAUUUAUUGAUGAUGGAAGAGCAAAGCCAAAGAGAGACACAGACACAGAGCCUAUAUCAGGGAGUAAAUUGCUGAAGUGGAUUCAAACAAAACAAAGCCAUGGAAUCUCCAAGGGAUCAUGGAGGCUCUGAGGAGGAGGAGGAAUACAACAGUUGUGAGUCAGGGUGGACUAUGUACAUAGAGGACGCCUUCGGUGGAAAUGACCAUUCCUCUAUUAUUGUUGAUGAUGAUGAUGAUGAUGAUUCACAGGUAAAAGAGGCUGAUGAUGGUGGUGAUGAGGAGAGUGAUGAUUCAAUGGCUUCUGAUGCAUCUUCAGGGCCUAGCAAUCAACUUCCAAAGAACAUCAACAAACAUGCAGCGAGGAAGAACGUUUCUAAACAAGUCUACAUUCAAAAACGCCAACACACAGAGAAAACAUUAAGCAAAGAAGAAGAAAAGUCAGAGCUCAAAGCUAGAACAAGAACAAGUGGAGCUAGUCGUGUCCAGAGUAAAGGCAAGGUGAGCAAAACUAAAUAAAACUCAUCAAGAAGAUAUGGUGGAAUCCAAAUCCUGUAAUGAAGAGAGAGUCUUUCACCCAAGCUCUGUUGUUUGCCUUUAAUAAGCCAUAUGUGUAGGUAGUUGCAUUGUUUUCUUUUUCCAGAAUAUGUUCUUUUCUUUUUGGUAAAUGCUGUCACGAAUAAGUUAUCUGCACGGUUCUCCGUUAGAACCCUGUUAUAUCA